AGUCGAGCGCGUGCCCAGCGCUGCUCAGAUGCGCGCUCAUCUCCACCACCAUCAUCAUCUCCUCCAUCAUACUCAUCCUCAUCAUGUCUGUGGUGGAUCCUACAGUCCUGCACGGCGUCUGGGGCAGCAACGCGCCCGCGGGAAUGGAGAAGCCGAAGAACAAGGGCUUCAGCCUGGCCAAGAUGAUGACUCUGAACUACAGGAAGGAGAAGCAGAACCAGAACCAGCACCAGCACCACAACAACAACAUGCCCUUCAUGAUCCACUGCCACAUCGGCAAGGAGAUUAAGCACAUAUGCAGCAACUGCAGCCGCGGCAGCCACGCGCGUCAGGACGCCGAAGAGGUGGAGAAGCUGUCGUCCAUGCGCUCCGAGUCCCUGGUGCCGCCUGGCCACUGCCGGAGCAAGUUCUCCACGCUGGGACGGCUCUUCAAGCCCUGGAAGUGGAGGAAGAACAAGAGCGAGACCUUCAAGCAGAGGUCCACAGCGCUGGAGAGGAAGAUGUGUGCGCGCCAGAGCCGGGACGAGCUGAUCCAGAGAGGCGUGCUGAAGGAGAUCUUCCAGAAAGACUCCAGAGUCCCGGGACUGAUGCAGAGCAAUCCCUCAGGAGCAGACUGUGAGCGCACAGCAGACGCCCCAGACCGACAGAGGACCGUGGACUUCCGGUUGUCUCUGGAUGGAGGAGUCUGUGCUCAGGACAACACACUCAAGUCUCUAACGCUUCCUCCCAAAAAAAACCUCACCUUCCAUGGUGACCUUCAGGAACCCCCCGCCAAACCUCAGCUCAUCCACAAACAGCCCCCUGCCCUGCCGCCCAAACCCUUCUCCAGACUGACCAAUCACAGCACAGACCCGUGUGUGCAGGGCAAGCCGUCUCCUCCUCUUCCUCCUCAGAAGCUUCUGAUGUACUCCUCCUCCUCGUUCGGGCCGUACGGGCACCCGCUGCAGUACGGCUCCGCCCACCCAUCCAGCCGCAUCAUUGACGAGCUGCAGAAGACGCUGGCGCUCGCCCUACAGAGACUGGAGAGCUCUGCGCUCCACACGGGUCAGUACGGCUCUCCUCUGCCCUCGGGUCUGAUCGACUGUGACGACGAUAAAGAGAACAUCCCCAGCGAGUCGGACUACGAGGACCUGCCCAGCAUGUACAAGGAUGAAGAGCAGGACGAGGACGACGAGGAGGAGGACGACGCUCUCUUCACGAGCACGCUGGCGCUGAAGAUCUUGAGGAAGGACUCUCUGGCGGUGAAGCUCAGUAACAGGCCGUCUCAGAGAGAACUGCAGGAGAAGAACAUCUUACCUGUGCAGACGGACGAGGAGCGCAUGCAGUCCAGACAGCUCAUCGGCACCAAACUCACACGGAGACUGAGCCAGAGACCCACGGCCGAAGAGCUGGAGCAGAGGAACAUCCUCAAACCUCGUAAUGAGCAGGAGCAGAUGGAGGAGAAGAGAGAGAUCCGACGCCGACUCUCACGCAAGCUGAGUCAGAGGCCCACAGUGGAGGACUUACGGCGAGCCAAGAUCCUCAUCCGCUUCAAUGAUUACGUGGAGGUGUCGGACGCUCAGGAUUACGACCGGCGCACAGACAAGCCCUGGACGAGACUCACUGCGGCCGACAAGGCCGCCAUCAGAAAAGAGCUGAAUGAUUUCAAGAGCAAUGAGAUGGAGGUCCAUGAGUCCAGCCGGCAUCUGACCAGGUUUCACCGGCCGUAGAGAUGAGCGAUGAUGAUGAUGAUGAUGACUCUUCACUGAUUCUCAGGCUGCGCGGGCUCAGAUCUAGGAACGCAUGAUACACACGUCACCAUCCACACGGACACACUCAGGACAUCCCCCGCUCUGACUGAAGCUGGCGGUGUGUGUGUGUGUGUGUGUGUGUGUCCAGUUCUCUCAAACCGCUUCACAUCGUCUGCAUCCCCUGUUCUCACUUUGAUGAAGUCCUCAUGAUGUUUGUCAGCACAAUGACCUGAAUGGGACUUUUUUUUGUGUGCUUUUUUAUUAUUUUCAAUAUAAUUUUAAUUAUUUUUAUUUAUUUUUUUUUUAACAUUUUAUUGCAGAAUCAAACACUAGAAAAUGUUUUUUCCAGGCUUCAAGCGCAGUGACACGGCCGCUGACCUUUAAUAAAGGAAAUGAGCAGUUAAAUGUUGACAGACGGCCAGUUCAGGUGUCUGUGUGUGUGUAAUGCUGAGGAAAGUCUGGUUCAGGUGUGUUUGUGUGUGUUUAAUGCUGACAGACGGACGGUUUGUGUGUGUGUGUGUGUGUGUGUCACACACUGCAGAAACAGAUGUUCUUCCUUUAGUAUGUUUGUUUUCCAGCACAGUCCUAAAGUAAGAGAUGUACUAAAGUCUUGUUUUCUAAAUAAAAUUGAGUUUUUGCUUUAAUAAGAACACAGUAUCUGUCAGUAAGGAUUGAAUUUUACUCCCGUUUUCCCUUUGAAUUAAGAUGAUUAAGAGAGAUACGUGUUCUUGUUUUAAGCUUAAACUCACUUAAGUUUGAUCUUUUAGAAAACAAGUCUUAACCAGAGAUAGAGAUAGAGAGAGAGUCGCACUGGUACAUCACAGUGGCUUCUCUCUCUCUCUCUCUCUCUUUUGAUAUGAUUGACGUCCAGCUGAUGAUCAGACUCUGCAUGCACUUUAACAGUGUGUUUGAUUGAUUUGUGAUUGGGUGAAUGAUUGAUCUGUGAGAUGGUGGAGCUGAAGCCAGUCCUGAGCAUCAUCGUGGGUUUAUCAGAGAGUCCAGCGGGAGCUUCAGGUGUGGACGACUCCUACAGGGAUCGCUGUGAGCUCCAACACCCGUCACCCAACUGAGCCCACGCCGAGAGAUUGGACUUUUUAAGGAACCAAAUCAUCUUUUGAACAACUUUGUAGGAUUUGCAUGACUUUAUACAAGGGUGUGACGCCCCGUCCUGACCAGCGUCAUGUGACCAGCUGUCCGUGGGACGUCAUGAUUCAGCAAUAAAACUGACCUUAUUUACA